AUAGAUGGCAGUUAAAACGCUAACAAAAGUAAACAAAGGCUCCGACGAUUAUGUCGGUUUACUACUACAUUCUGAGUCAUAAGUACAUUCUAACUGUAUAAUUCUGAGCAUAAAUGUGUAUGGAUUAACGUUACCGAUACAAUUGUAGCGAUAUACCUUGAUUUAUCGCGAAUUUUGGACGAAAUAAAAACAUUCAAGAAAUUUUCCUGGAUUUGUCAAAGAUGGCGACUUUUGAUGGAAGUAAGACCUGCCUUGUCGAUAUGAACGACCUGGACAUAUGUGUAUAUCGCUUGCUAACAAACGUGGAGUGUAAACCUAGACAUGAAAUCACUGAGCAAUUGGUGAUGGACGUAGAUGAUAGUCUGUUGAUUGAGUCUAGAAGUAUAUUGUUUGAAAUGGCGAAGAACAAAUUCUCAAAUCAGUGCAUGAAGGAAUUUGGGCCGAUUUCCGCCCGUGGAUAUGAACAGCUAGAGGAUGUUAAACCCAAGAAACGGACUGGCGACAAGAAAAGCAUGAGCAUCGCUAAUGAUAUUUAUGAACUUUACACAUACCAAACGGAUCUAAUCGACGUUUUUCCAAGGUGUGUGUCUUCGCCUACAAGUCACAUUCCGGUACUGAAGAAGCGGGGCACACAGCCCCCUACCGCACCCCAAAUGGAUUUAACACUGAAAUUGAUGGAUUUAACACAACAAGUGAAAGAGAUAAGUAAGGAGUUAGCACAAGUAAAGAAAGACUAUGAAAGUGAUGUUAAUAGACUGAACAGAAUGGUGAAUACACUAAAGAUCGAAUUAGGUCAACACACAUGCGAUGUGAUUAGCCCUAUGUUUUCCAAGCCUAAUAGGCUAAGGGCUAAUUCUGUUCCGACCAGUUCCACAGUCAACGUAGCCAAUUCCCAAACAGCUGUUUGCUCAAAACAACAACAAAUAGGUGAUACUAACAACAAACCCGAAACUCAAGGUCAUUGCAACUCUACCUGUAAUACUCAGUGUGCCGACUCAACGCCGACCUCAGGGGCAAUGCCCCCUAGUUCGAAUACUACAUUCAGCUUUAUACAGCCAAGCUAGAGGUGUCAAGUAUUAACCGGUUAACCGGUUAACCGCCGAUAAUGCCUUGACCGGUCUGAGUUUUUAUGGGCGGUUAGUUGACCGUGUAUAAUUCUGUUAUUUCCCGCGCUUAUUUUGCAUGCUAAUCCGUUUGGUUUUAUGGUGUCAGUUUCACGUAAGCUACUCAUACAUGUCAUAAGUCCCAUAACUCCUUACAAACAUCCAAUCAGCAACUUUAAUCCCUGCCACAUUGCUUUCCCGCGCUUACUUUGCAUUUUAAUCUGUUUGUUUUUCAAGCGUCAGUUUCAUGUGAGCUACUCAUACAUGUGAUAGGUCCGAAAAUUCCUUACAAACAUCCAAUCAGCAACUUUAAUCCCUGCCACAUUGCUUUCCCGCGCUUACUUAGAUAGAAUAGCGUAAAGCUUGACGAACGUAAAAAAUAAACGCCGAUAUAUCAUUUUUCCAUUUUUUCAACUUUCAAGAUCGAAGAUAAAGAUUUCAUUUGAAAUUAUAAGUUCAAAUUUCCC